UGUGGACGGAGGAGCUGCAGCAGAACGUGGUGACCGAAGGAACAGCCCCGCUAGCAGACGGGAACAGCCGGGAACAGCCGGGAACACGCGGGGGACGUCGUCUCCGCAGCGGUGGAGCCAGAGCAGGACGCUGCAGUGCCCGAGGAGGAGGACCGCCCCACGGACGAGGACGAGCAGAGCUGUCGGUGUCUGUCCCCGGGCCUCUGUGUUGCCAUCGCAGCUGGUUGAGUCGGUUCCAUCAGCAGCCGGGACCGAGCAGAGCACCGGGCGGCGGGCGUCAUGGCGGACUACCUGAUCAGCGGGCAGACCGGCUACGUCCCGGAGGACGGGUUAGCGGGACAGCAGCUGUUCAACGGGGGAGACGGACUCACGUACAACGACUUCCUGAUCCUGCCAGGUUACAUCGACUUCUCAUCUGAUCAAGUGGACCUGACAUCAGCACUCACCAAACAAAUCACCAUGAAGACCCCCUUUGUCUCCUCUCCCAUGGACACUGUCACAGAGGCCGACAUGGCCAUUGCUAUGGCACUAACGGGUGGUAUCGGUUUCAUCCACCAUAACUGCACUCCAGAAUUUCAGGCAAAUGAAGUUCGCAAAGUGAAGCGUUAUGAGCAGGGCUUCAUCACAGACCCCGUGGUGAUGAGCCCCAACGAGAGCGUACAGGACGUCUUCCAGGCCAAGGCUCGCCAUGGCUUUUGUGGCAUUCCUAUCACAGACAACGGCAAAAUGGGCGGCAAGCUGGUGGGCAUCAUUUCUUCCAGAGACAUUGACUUCCUGAAGGAGGACGACCGCAACCUGCCGCUCAGCCAGGUGAUGACAAAGCUGGAGGAUCUAGUGGUCGCCCCUGCUGGAGUGACGUUGAAAGAAGCCAAUGAAAUCCUCCAGGGAAGUAAGAAAGGUAAAUUGCCUAUAGUGAAUGAAGAGGGAUCCUUGGUGUCCAUCAUCGCUCGCACAGACUUGAAGAAGAACAGAGACUUCCCUCUGGCCUCCAAAGAUUCCCGUAAACAGCUGCUGUGUGGUGCUGCCAUCGGUACCCACAACGAUGACAAGUACCGACUGGAUCUGCUGGUGCAGAGCGGCGUGGAUGUGGUCGUACUGGACUCAUCUCAGGGCAACUCGAUCUACCAGAUAAACAUGAUCAAAUGUAUCAAAGAAAAGUACCCCCACCUACAGGUCAUCGGAGGCAAUGUGGUGACUGCAGCUCAGGCGAAGAACCUCAUCGAUGCAGGAGUCGAUGCACUCAGAGUGGGGAUGGGCAGCGGCUCCAUCUGCAUCACACAGGAAGUGCUGGCAUGCGGCAGACCUCAGGCCACAGCUGUCUAUAAGGUAUCGGAGUACGCACGUCGUUUCGGUGUGCCCGUCAUCGCUGACGGAGGCAUCCAGACUGUCGGGCACAUCGCCAAAGCUCUGGCACUGGGAGCAUCUACAGUGAUGAUGGGCUCUCUGCUGGCCGCCACUAGUGAAGCUCCUGGUGAAUAUUUCUUCUCUGACGGCAUCAGACUGAAGAAGUACCGUGGAAUGGGCUCUUUGGAUGCCAUGGACAAAAACCUGGGCUCCCAGACCAGAUACUUCAGUGAGAGCGAUAAGAUCAAAGUUGCUCAGGGUGUUUCUGGAGCGGUGCAGGACAAAGGCUCCAUCAACAAGUUUGUUCCCUACCUGCUGGCCGGCAUUCAGCACUCCUGUCAGGACAUCGGUUCAAAGAGCCUCACACAGCUCAGAGCCAUGAUGUACUCUGGAGAUCUGAAAUUUGAAAAGAGGACAUCAUCAGCUCAGAUGGAGGGUGGAGUCCACAGCAUGCACAGCUACGAGAAGCGUCUGUUUUGAGGACGUUUAGCCCGGAGAUGAGGAAUCCUUCCAAAAGACAUUAUGCAAACACACUACUUGCCAGACCCUCUCGUUUUCAUACUCUACACAUGCAGACUAACUUUUCAUACAAAUGCGUCUCUAAAGAUCAGUUGUCACACAUACACACUCUUCCAAGAAUCAUGGUCUUCCUGCCAGUGCCAUCUAUGCAUUGUCUGUUUUUAUCCGUUUGUGUGUAAAGGAGGAAACAAAGCAUUUCAAUGUAUUUAUCAGUACAUGUGCGAUUGAAUCCUCCAAUGCCUUCAUGUCUCCAGUUUACUGCUGUGAUCAUUCUAAGGCAAAAAAGUUGUCCAAUAAUAAUAAAGCUCUUGUUUUUUCCACAA